UUUCUACGGCAGAGAAGGGUGAUAUGGAAGAUAAAUGUUGAAGAGCGGCAAGGAAAAUGGCGAAGAGUCUGUUUAAUAAGGCUGUAGAAGACGCAGCAUUAAGUAUUUCUUUGCGUCAAGAUGGAUCCAGGAGUUUUAAAGGUACCCGACUGCAUAGAUUUUAUAGAUACAAGUCUAAUUUUGAAAACCAACUAUGGCUAUUGGUAGUCAAUCGAUGGUAAAGUCGAUUUUCAACAGCUGAAGAACCAUUUUGAUUUGCAUCUACUUUGUGAUAAUCUGAGUUUUACUUGAACAGCAAUAACCCUUAAGACCUCGCCAUGUUCUCUUAUGUAAACAGCAAAAUAAACAGGUCAGCAGAGCACAUCGAAUUCAAGUUACCGGAAGGAAAAGCCCUUAAUUCCUUUUUUGAAUACACUACAUCUAAGUUAUAGUUUAACUGGUUACUUGCUUUGAUGCUGCUGAACUCAAGCAUUAACUUGUGGGAAGAUUAUGUGCGACAAAGCGAACAUUUCAAAUGUGCAGAUUCCGCGAAUUAAAUGUAUUUGUUAAAAAAACGGUGACACUGUGGGAACAGAGUGGUUUGAGUGUCUCCAUCUCCCCAAAAAUUAAAACCUUGGAUUUAUAGCAUGGUAAUGUUUCCAUUUGCAAAUGUUAGAUACAAAUCUGAAUUAACCUUUUGAAUAUAAGAUGUAAAGUAUGUGUUUGUAAACAAAUUUAUGAAAUUGUUAGAUGUGAAUCAGAUUACGAGUACUUUAACUAGGAAAUGAUAAAGAACUCAGAAGGUAUUGGGUAUCGGAUUAUUCUUAGCAGGAUUCUUAGGCUAAUGAUUGAUAGCAUGAGUUAUUCAGUAUGUAAAUGUAGUAUGUUAUAAGUUUUAGUUGCACAUUGCAUUUCACCAUUCCUGUUGCCUUAUGUUGUCCCUAAGAGAGAUGACACUAGAUCUGCUGUGCCUGAGACUGACUUCUUAUUUGUUACAUAGCUUUAUAAGCAUUUCAGGAUGAGAAUCUGAUCUUCUCGUGUUAUUUUAAAAAAACUUAACUUUGAUGAACAUUUUAGGGACAUCUCAAAAUGACAUUGACCAUGAUUUUAAUUUUUUUUUCGUUGAUAAACACAACAUGAUUGCUGCUUUUCAAUGGUUAUGUAACUUUUUUCUAAAGAAAAAAGAGGAAAGAAAAAAUAUAUUAAAAAAAGAAAAAUAAAGACCUACAGUGUGUGGUCACUCUUUUUUUUUAAGAAUUUGAUAAGCCAGACAGGGGGCGUUCUUUUCGAGGACAACCAAGAGGCAGAAGCAGGGGCAGAGGGAGAGGAAGAGGUCGUAGUAGUAGCCACCAUAGAAGCGAUCCUCAUCCUAGGUCGCACUUAGCUGGUGAUGAUGAUGAUGACAUAGACAUGGAUGAAGGAAGCCAAAGAUCUCAUUCAAGAUAGUAAGUCAGAAUAGUAUUUUAUUUCCUCCUUUUAAACCAGUUUAAUAUCAAAAUAAACUUCUAUUUAGGGUAAAGUCUACUUUUAUAUAUUAAUACAAGGAUGACAGUUACCAUAUUUGCUUGAUUAAAUGGGAGCUGACAGAUAUUAAACGUUAAGGAUUUCUGGUGCAGCAAGUGGCCCUGCCAAGGGUCUAAAGCCAUAAAGUCACCUUUUCAAAAUUUACUAUAGAGUUGACUCCAGAUAUUGUGGACACUCUUUGAGAGGAGAUUUAGUGUCUAUAAUAGUGAGAGUCCAUAAUAGCAGGGUAGGAGAGAAAAAAAAUUGUUUUGCUUUUAAACAUAUGAAGUAAUAUGUAACUACUCAAACAUUAAGUUUCUAUUGUGGCCAUAAGCAGGAAAUUCUCAUGUGUGCCUUAAAUUGAAGAAUGGUUUCUUUGUUUUCUUUUAUCUUAGUGUUGCUUUAUAUCAUGUGAGUCAGGAUUUAGGACAAAGUAUUUAAGUGCCCGCUAUAGCGAGAGAAAAAAACAAGUGAAAUAUCACACUAGGGGGCAUGAAAGUGUUCAUAUUUCCACAAUAGUGAGUGUCUGUAAUAAUGGGAGUUUAUGCGUUAAGCCAGUGGAGCUGGCUCUUGUCCACAAUGGUGGGGUGUCUGUAAAAGCAAGGUGUGGGCAGGGAAAGAGUUGAGUGUAUACUGUAUUUUCUCCAUUUUCAUAAAUUUACAUUGCAUCACUUUUAUUGAUAUGAAUGUUUUUUUUUUUUUAAUGUAGCAACCCUUAUUCCAGAAGACCUCCAUCUCGUCGUGGUGACAGAGGAAGUAGUAGAGGUGAUAUAAAGUCUAGACUAGGGAGAGUCCCUGAUGGAGCCACAGGAAGUCAAGGAAAUAAGUCUGAUUGGUAUAAAGUUGUGGUAGGUAUUGAAAUAAUCUGUGUACAUUUACAACUACUUAUAUUUAUUUUGUUCCUUCCAUAAUUUGGUUUUGGAGAUCUUACUUGAAAAUUGGCCUCCAUAUAUUCCAUUGGUAUAACCUUGAUUUAUAAUGGUAAUAGAACUGAGUGGACUCCAAUUCAUGAUGGUAAUAGGACUAAGUGGAGUCCAAGUUCAGUCUGUAAUCAUACAAGUGAUUAACAAAAUGGAUGACUGGGAAGUGGGAGUCCAAUUUGUUAAUCACGAGUAUGAUUACAGAUAGAAUUGGACAACACAAAGUCCUGUUACCAAUUAAUCAAAACUAUGACAGAAUUUGAUAAAGAAACUAGACAUUGGUUAUAUGUUUUCAUAAAAAAAAAAUCAGUUAACUUGGUGAAAUGCGAGACAACAGUGCAUACACAUGUUGUGUUGUGUCAACUUACACAGGCAUGAUGUGUUAACUGUUCCUUUAGCUGUCCUAUUACACUAUCCAAUUACAAGUGUGACACGUACACUGUCCUAUUAGUGCUCAAAUCAGGCUGGUGAUAACCAAUCAUGUUCGAGAAUUUGUUAUAGUUUUGAUUGUGUUUGUAAUCAUACAAGUAAUCAAUCAAGAGUAUGAUUAUAGACAGAAUUGGACAACUUUUGCGUUGAAAUUUCUGUCAAGGUGUAUAAUUUUUUUAUUGCUAUAUUUCUUCCUUUAUAUAAUUUUUCUUUUGUAUUCUAUUCAAUGUAACUUGCCUAUAGAUACCACAGGGGAAAAAACACGACAAAGAAUGGCUUAUUAAGAGACUGCAGAACACAUGUGAAGAGGCCUUCCAACCAGUUAGUGUAAGUGACUGUCAGUGAAUACUUCCUCAUUGCCAAGUGAAUAGUGCUUUGCUAGCUGUAUGAUUGAUGAUCCCAAAGGGCAUGAGACAUAGUACUAUUUAACUCUAAGGAGCCAAAGGGACACAAAAUUACUUCCUGUUUCAUUUCAGCUUUGGUAGGCAGUGUUCUCCUUUUCAGGCAGUAACCAGUUACAUUUACCACCUGUAGUACCUCUUAUUACUGUUUAAAAUUGCUUGGAAUUCUUGAAAAUUCAACAGGUAAAAGGAUUGAUUUACAGGUUUGAAAAUUUAUUUUACCUAUCAUGCUUAAAAUAAGGGAGAACACUAGGUAGGGCAAAAUGUUUCUCAAACAACCAAACUUUUCAAAAGAUACAUGCAGGUGUAUGUGUAGGAUUUUUCAGGUAAAAAAUGGCAGGUGAAUAAUAAUAUUUUCCUCUGGUUGUAAUUUUAUUAUGACUCAGGCAGCUGUACUCUGAUUGCAUUUCUUCACUUUUGCUGGUGAGACCUGCCAGUAAUUGAGAUUGUUUUCAAUAGCUUUGGAAAAACAUUGUUUUUAUAGUUCCAUUCAUUCAAGGGAGAGUCUUCAGCCUUCUUUGUUGAGGGAAGUAAAGUUGCAGAAGCAUUGAAAAGAGUUAGUCAUAAGAUAACUGUCAAGGAUGGGACAAAGGUAAUUAAAGCUACUGUGUGUUAUGUACAGUACUGCUCAAGAGUAAGUUGACGAUCUUGACUCAAAACUCAAUCUUUGAUCCUCAGCAUGAUCAAGGAUUGAGAAGCGAGGAUUACAAUUCUUGCAUGCAAAAUGAUAGAGAAGAACAAAGCAUUUGAUGUGCAGCUUCUCUUUAGUCACACAGACCUCUUGCACAUAUGUAAAUAUUUUCAUAAAACAUGAGACUCAAAAAUUGGGUCUUCACUUCUAUAACUCAUACUUACCCCUUUCACUUCAGGAAGUUGUCAAAAAGUAACUUCUUUCAUAUGUAACAGUACUGAUACAUUUUUAUGCAGAAAGAUAACAAAAAGAAAGAAAACUGUCACACAGGGAAUAUUGGUUCAUUUAACACCAAAAUAAUUCUUGGAGCUAAAAUUACCUAAAGAAAUUCAGAGAAUCGAUACAGUUUGUAGACCUUUAACCCUUUACACCCUAACGUCAGUAUGCAUAUUCUCCAUACUGUUCUCUACACAUUUCCUAAGUUGCUGACAAGGAGAACUUGUUCAACAAUCAAUAGCUUCUUUAGUUGGUGAUCAUUUCCUUUAUUUUGGUGACCUCAAUGUGUGACUCAGGGGUGAUAUUGUAGGGAGAAAGCAGAUGUGAGUCAUACUUAGGGGUUAAAGGGUUAAAGUGAAAAGGUUAACAUCAAAGCAUCUGUUAACAGGCAUCUCUUUAAACACUGAUCAUUAAUGAACUUAGGGUGUAAGUUUCUUAAGAAACUGGUGCUGCUUCAGUGGGAGAGUAUAACCUUUUGCCCUGACAAAGGGCUAACACUGGAAACAUCAGCCUUUAAACUCUUUACAGUGGCCAAUUUAUAUUUUCAACUCAGUUGAUAGCACUAAAUUACCCCAUUAAAGAACUAGUUAUGUCUGGUCACUGAUGUGGUGUUUUUUAGCAAUAUUUCCCUCCUUGAGUUGGUAGAAUAUUCUGCAACCAGUGUAUACAUGUACAUAUAUUUACUAGCAGUCAGUUUCAUAUUAUCAAGUGUCUGACUGUACGUUGUCCAUAAUGACAUUCCUUAAUCAUAAAAAUUACAAUUUCCUCAUUUGUGAUGGGUUUAAAAAACUCCUCUUUUCCACUAAUUUACUUGCUAAGUUGUUAUUAGUUCAAUAAGCCAAUCACAUUCAAAGUUGUAGUUUAAAUCAACCAAUCACAACCACUAAACAAUUUAUGUCACCUUUGUUAGUCUUUUAAUGCAAAUUUUCCCUUUCUUUCAUGACCUGGCUAUUCUUCUUUUUGCAGAAAUUAUAAUUUUUAUAUUUAAUUGGUAAUCAUGAUAAACAGAUCAGACCUCCACUGCGUGGGUGUCCGAUUUUGUUAUCACUUGUAUAAUUACAGACUGAAUUGGACUCCACUAAGUUAUAUUACCAUUACCGUCAGACCACUGUUAACCAGCUAAAAGCAUCAUAUGAGAACCAUCCACCAAAUGAUACCUCUACGUUCAAACCAUUUUCUGUUGUCUGUUUAUCACAUGUAGCUGAUAGUAAGUGUGCGUCCUAGUGCUCCACCCCAAAACCAAACCAGUAAUUUUCCUGUUCGUGAAGUUCAUGAUGGCAGCAGCAGAGGAAGUGAUUCAUUAGAGGAUGGCACAAAACAAGUAUUGAAGGUGAGUAAUUUAUGCAUAAUUAUAGUUUGUAUUCAUCCUCAUCAUCACCAUCAUCAUUAAAUUGUCGGCAUUAUGUUCAUUAUUGCGUUCUCUGUCAUUGUUUAAAUUGACAAUUCUUUCAUGAGCAACACUUCAAAUUGAACUCCUUUCUUGUCUAUCAUGUUUGGAAGUAAUACACAGUGAUUGUACAUAUAGGUGUUGCACAAUGGAAUUCCCAAUGGCUUUAUUGGCAUAGUUGUCAGUUGACCAAAAUAGGUUGCAAGCUUUCAAAGCUUUCCUGUAAGAGACGAAUAAUCCUGAUGAAAAAUUUGCCCACAAAAAUGAGAAAAGUAAACUAUGGAAAUAUAAGAUAGUUUAAUUAGAAACACUACCUAUAAAUCCCUUGGGUAUCAUUGUUCAUGGUUCAUAAAUUUUAUGGGUCAACAUUAUUUGCACUUGAAGGUUUGAUAAUCUGGUGACCAAGAACACACAGUUGAUACACUGUCAGGUGCUGCAAUGUUAUUUAAAGUGGGACAAUGGAAUUAAUCUUAAGAGACUGAUUAGCAACCUUAGUCAGUAACAAAUUCAUUCCUAAGUUCAAUUAUUAAGUCUCUAAUAGCUGAAUUGUCUUCUCUUUCACUGUUUCAUACAAUGUAGGAUUGUCUCAGUAAACGUUAUGAUAUUACAACAAAAGCACUUGACCUCUCUGAUUUGUUUCAUGAUGAAGGUAUGUUACACUUGUACUUCUGUGACUGUAUGCCAGUUAUGUCUUAUCUAAAGAGUUGCAUGGAAAAAUACUGUAAAUGACAUCUGACUUUUUCUGAUUCUCCUUCCAAACAUCUUGUAAUUCUUUGUAAAACACUAGGAGAAUGAAAUGUUGCAUCAAAAGUUAGGGUUUUUUUUUAAAUACAGCUAAAGUCCUAGCCUCACCUUAUUUGUUCUAAGUUGUUACUUGUAGCUACAUGUGUUUUGAAAUGCCCUGUUAUUUCCCCUGCCAUAGUGAAAAAUAAAUGCAUUAGAGGAAGUUCAGUUGUACUGAGUGUGCAGAAAGUUUAGGUUUAAUGCAUAUUAUUUGCAGUUUUUAAUUUGAAUUACACAAGCACUGAUGGAUUUGAUGCAAACCUAAAACAGAAAUUUCAUGAUUGUACAUGGACAAGAUUGUGGAGUGAAUUUUUUCCAUUUUAAAAAGUUUCUUCAUGCUUAUCUAUUCCAAAUUUCUUACAAAAUCAUUUGGUCACCUGCACUGUAUAGCUAUUGUGUUUUAAUGCAUAGCAUUAGGAUAACUUUGCACACACAAAUCUUUAUUAUCUUGUUUACCCACUAUGUCGUUCAGCAUUUUUUCAAACCUUCUUUAGCUUUUGUAGUGCUUGGCAAAAAAUGCUUUAUUCAUGGUUAGUAAUGUAUGAUAGCUGCCUUCUUCAAUUUUUGUAAAUUCUCCUACAAAGGAUGUGUAAGAAAUGUAAAACAGCAGUCUCAUAUAAUUAUGUAUAAUCAUGGCAGUUAUGUUUAUUUUACUUCUAACAGUGCUGAAAUUAAAUAAUAUACAAGGAAUACUGGCAAGAUAUUGGCUGGCAUCAGGAAUUGUGAAAAUUAUUGGAGAGAACUGCCCUGAGGUGAUUAUUCAAAAUUUAUCAGUUUAUUAGAUACACAAUGAACUAGAUUGAAGGGCAGGUUCUGGAAAGUUGAGGAGAGUGAAAAAUCCUCUAGGUGAGAUAAGCAAAACUAGGGUUCUACGCUAGUAUGGCAUGUGAAAUGUCUGUCUUGUGAAACUGCUCGCUUAGAAAGCAAAUUGGUUCUUUGGGGUCAGUUGAGCCCUGGUUUAGAGACAGAAGAAAUAGGGUAUGAUUCAAUUUCCGUUGUAUUCAUUUGUGGUUAUUUAUGUUAAGUGAGCAAUCCCCAAUCAUCAUAGAUGUAUGUCAACAGAAGAGUUUGGAGAUUGUGCAUUUAAUCAGCAAAGUAAUGAAGUAAAUAAAGUUACAUCACCAUCACCAUUUGUUUACCUCUGUAAAUAUUUCCCAUGUCAUUCGUUCAAUGUAGGUUCAGUCACUUGACCUAAGUAACAAUCGACUGAAGAGCUUGGAUGGCUUUAAGGACCUUGGGAAGGAAACAUCAAACUUAAAGCACAUCAAGAUCUCCAAUAAUCAAGUCAGUUGCAUUAUUCUUAAGGGGUUUGUAACCAUCACCUCUUCAAUUAUUAUGUUUGUGUGAUCUUGAAUACAUGUAGAUAAUGUGCUUUCUCUUUUUAUCCCUGGUUCAGCAAAAGAACUAUGCGGAAAGUCACAGAAACUCUGGCUUAAUUUAUUCUUUGUUUGAAAAUUUUUCAAACAAAUUUUAUUUUUAAUAUCCUUUUCCUUUUUUCAUGUUUAUUGUAAUUUGAAACAAGGAAUUCUGAAUCUAACUGGCUUGAGAAAUUUAAAACCAAGAAAAAUGUAUAAGUUACAUCAAAAAAAAAAUUAUCCAAAAAUACCUUGUUUCUGUGAUUGUGCAAAAGCCAUUUGCAGAAAAUAUCUUAACAACCUUCUCUCAUUUUUCUGUGUGUUAAUGGUUUAGAAGCUGUUUAAAUAUCAAUUAAAGAGUUAGAACACAUUUAUACCAUAAUUUAGAACCAAAUCUUAUCCCCUUGUGCAAGCUUUUUGAAUUCAGUUGACAAAUUUAACCUUAAUUUGUCCAAUUGCACUCAGAGGUGGAAAGUGCUACAUGUUACAUUGUAUAACUAGUAUUUAUUUACAGUUUUUAAAUUAUUUUAGCUGAGAGCUGUAGAAGAACUGGACAAGAUAAAGUCCUUGAGUCAGCUUCAAACCAUUUCACUUGAUGGAAAUCCUCUUUGUGAUAUAUUUCAAGACAAACAAAAUUCAUAUAUCAGGUAUGUCUUGCUAGUCUAUCAGCUUCAACUAGAAUGUUAUUUUUGUUAACCAUUUUUUGAUUUUCUGUUGCCAAAUGGCCACUUUGACAAACCUUGUGUUUGGAGCAAUGCAUAGUAAAUUUCCUACCUCUUGAAAAUUUACUUGUGUUAAGUGUUCAAUUCACAUGGAACUGGGCUUACUGUAUGAAAUUUGAGAUCACUGUAAUUUUUAACUCAACAAAGUUUUAUUCAAUAAGUGUAAAGUCCAUCCUUCCGCUAACACUCUACAUGUAGCUCUAGGGUCAGCAAGCAAACCCAGCCUUUCCUUCUCAUGGGAUUAUUCCAUAAAAAGCUUUCAUUGAUUAUUAUCAGUUAAUAUCAGUGUAACAGUACAUUUGCUGUGUUGUAUUUAGUGCUAUCAGAAGCAGGUUUCCUAAAGUAACCACUCUGGUAAGGGAUAUGUUUUUUUUUUUACUCACUGUAUGUUCAAAUGAUUACUAUCUUUUAGUUUUGUUCAAAUUUAAUUGCAAUGCCUGUGGAAAAUUACUUUGUUUUGAUAUAUAUUUAAAAAAAAUCCCAAUUAUCUUCAAUUGCUAAUUAAGAAGAUUAAGCAAAUGAUUGCUUGUUACAAAAUACCAAACAAUAGCUAUACACUGAAUAAAGCCAACAGUUUUAUUUGACAUUGCAAAAGUUAUUUACUCCUUGGGUAAAAUUUGGUUUUCAUUUACCUCUGUUUACAUGUAAUUUCUUUGCCAUUCUUGGUAAUGUAAGCAUGGUUUUUCUUGUGUAACUAUGGGAUUUUGUCUACCUGGUAAUGUAUCUUGUGCAACUGUAGUGGGAGGGGGGGGGGGUGUGAACGGAGUUGAAAAAAAUCUUUCACUAAAAUAGCCCCUAUGGUGUUAUUAUCAGGAUGGUCAUGAACUUCCUCCACCAAUAGGAUUUGACCUACCUUCUGAAGAAUCUCUCCCUGCUUCGAAGGUACUUUGUUGUUAUAUACAUCGCAUGUGUUUUUUUUGUUGUUGUAAAACUAACAACUGAUUUAAGUAAACUUGUUGAGCUAUGGCUGUGCAUGUAGUUGCUUGGUCCCACUGAUUCUGUCUUUGUCUUAUUUGUCACAAUGUAUAUGUGUGUGGUGAUUGUGAAUGAGUGAUUGUUUUUCUAGCUGCCAUCUUUAACCCUUUCAUUUCAUAAAUCGGACCUGUCCAGUAAUUAUCAAUUUUAUUGUUUGAUUCAUUUGAUUUUUAGGAAAGUUAUUUUGGUGAUCUGGCAGUUAAAGAAAUGGUGCUAAAAUUCAUAGAGCAGUAUGUAGCUCAUCUUUUUAUGUAUAGCCAGAAAAUUUAGAUUGUGGUCUCUAUCUUAAACAUGGCAACCAUAUUGCAACAGUACAAAGAGCUGAAGCCUUUGGAGACAUAAAAGCAAGCUCUUGAAAGUGAAAAUUCAGGGCAACAUUUGUAUUUUAUGCAAGUGUUUUGGGGUUUUGAGGUUUUGACAUAUCCCAGUGAAAUGGUAAGGGACGUGGACACACACACACACACAAAGGGCUAAAAAUGUGGCGGAAUGAUCCAGCAGAAAGGCUCUUCAAUGAAAUAUAUCUGAUCAACAACCAAAAAAAUUACUCAACACUAAAUUGUUGUGUAAAUUUCAAUCUAGCUGCUAUUCCAAAGUAAGGCCAUUUGAAUAAAUAUCUUCUUCAUUCAAUAGUUUUUCAGUUCAGCUUUUCAAAGGAAUUCCCUAAGAGAUAGUAAAAUUGGAUUUGACCAAUAAGCAUGUAAAAAAGUGAUAUAAUUUGAUUCAUGUACCUCUGGCAAAAAUAGAAAAUCAUCAUUUCUCCAUUAAAAGUUCAAGUUCACCAUUAAAAGUCCAGGUAAAACUUUCCACUGUAAACAAAGCUAUCAAACUAAAGGUAACAGAGGAGAAUGGCAGCAACAAUUACCCUCACUUGCUUUUUUUUUAUCUGUAACAAUGAAGGAAUUACCUAAGAUCUGUUUUAUCACAGAAUUUGGCAUCUUGCUUAUGGGUGAUGGCAGUGAUGGUAUUUGACAGCAUUUCCCUUGACACUUCUUCCCUUUCCUUGUGCAGUGUUGUUGUCAGUUAUUCCUCUUGAGUCUCUACCACACAGCAGUUCUAAAUAAGGUUUUCCUCCUGUUGACAAGAACUGCUUCACCAUUUUGAACACAUCAUAUCUUCUGUUGAGUGUUCUUAAACUGGAGUACCUUCUCAGCUAAGGCUCAGAGUGUAUUUGCUCUGCUUGAAAGAGAUUCAUUUUGGCUGGGUCAGACGAAGCAUGUGAUGGGGUGGUACAGGCAGAUUUGUACUAAACUCCAGCUGGUCUGUUUAAACCCAUGACAUGGACAGAGCAGACUCAAUGAAUCAGUUUGCCUCUAUUAGUGUCCGUGUCUUUCAAAAACAUAUAACUGUGGUACAUUACAGAGAUGCUAUCCACAAGUGUUCAUUAUAUGAACUGGUCAACAAUUACAAGGCACCUAUACCUUCCAGAGUUUUAACCAUUGGCUGCAAAUAUCAGUUUCUGCUGUGCAUGUUGAUUCUGUCACUGCCAUCAACAAAUGCAAUUUCACAGCAACCUGUGUUAUCUGUUAAAGACAUUAUUCCAAAUUAUGCGUCAUGACAUAAAUUGUAACUGUAUUCUCUUUUGGUACCAAUGAUGGCCUUGAUUUGACUAAUCACCUCAAUGGUUAUUUCUUAACCAAAAGUAUAGAAAAACAGAGAAUAUGCAUUCCACUUCUUUCAGGUGGCUGUUCAGAGUUUUUAAGUGAAAGACACUCUACAUAAUUAUUUGAAGUUUUUGAGUUCUUCAAGAGCCCAAUCAAAACUUUGAUUUGAGUAUUCACUGGUUUAAUGUAUUCUGGCUAUUGUGAGUGCUGGGUAAUCAAUUAAAACUCUCAGGUAAACUGCCAUUUAAGGAAUAUUAUCGCAGAAAAUUAAGCCCCGACUAGUAUUUUACUUUCUACUUUUUUCAAAAUUGAGUUUGGCUGGGAGUAUUAAUUUGCCAUUCAUCAUCCUGAUGUUAAAACAUGAGAUGUUUUGAGUAUUCUUUGAUGUUCAAGGUGGUGCCCCAGUCUGGCGCAAUCUACCGGGCGCAACUUUAUUUCUCCUUUUUAGAUAUUUUAAGAUUUAUGACACAGACAACAGACAAGGCCUUCUUCAAGCUUACCAUGAUCAGGUAAUGGAUUGUAAGAAAUAUCCAGUGAUUAUGACUUGACAUGUCUUUCAGUCGUAGCUAAAGGGGUAGCUCAGAGAGGCGAACAUGUUGCUUGUCCCUCUUACCCAGUUUCUCUUCGCCAGUUCCUCUUACCCAGUUCCUCUUACCUAGUUCCUCUUACCCAGUUCCUCUUACCCAGUUCCUCUUACCCAGUCCCUCUUAAGCAGUUCCUCUUACCCAGCGAAAAAAGAUAAUCAUCCCACUGCCUCGUGAACCCUGAAAGCGAGGCGUGCUGGGAAAAAAAAUUUCUCGCUGAUUGCUAUUAACUUGCGACACGAUUUCGCCAAGAAAAAGGAACUGCUCGUAAUCUACCAAAAUCGUGCAAAUGCCCCGGAUGAGAGUGAAGAAUUUCUCGUGCCCCAUGCUUGAGAGAAGGCUAGUAAUCUUCUUGUAACGACACUGAUUUCGUUGAAAUUAAGAGUGCUGACAAUUUGGUUUUUUGCAGGCAAUAUUUUCCAUGUGUGUCAAUACAGAAGCAUUAGGGAAGGAUCGCGGUGGUCAAAGGUCAGUGUGUUAGUUUAGUGAACAACAGCUGUAUUCAAAUCUUCCUUAAUGAAUAGGUCAAGUUACAGCUGUAUGUUGAAACUCAAUUAAAGAAUCAUCUGCUGUAGUUGUGUCAUCAAUUGGAGUCUUUUGUGCAUGUCAAAUUUGUUUUGUCUCUUGAUCAGGGCCCCUUCACUUGGCGACUACUUGAAGUACAGCCGAAACUUGAAAAGAGUCACUGACCCAGGUAAUGUUAACAAUUGCUAAAAAGUUGUUACGUUUGUACAAUCACAGUAAAAACAUUCCAUAAGGAAAGCUAUAUUUUUCGAUCACCCUGCUGCAAAUCUCCAGGAUAGCUAUUUGGAAAUCACAUUUUAUCCUGGCCUUAGGUACAAUGGAAUUAUUUAGUUUCAUUAACUGAGUUGAUAGUACGGCAUAUGGUUUGAUAAUGUUAAUUGGCCACCGUAGAAAGUUUUUAAAGCUGAUUUUUCGAGCGUUAGCACUUCAUCACAGCGAAUGACAUGGUAGGUUCCAGAGGGGAGGUGUUUUGGACAGCCAUUUGCUAACUUAACCUGCCUAGCAGUCACUUCCGUUUCCUUCUAGCCAAUGAGAGUCACGCCAGAAGAGGACCUGAGGUAAAAAGAGCAAACAAACAACACGCCAUUGCGAAGCUCCCAUAUGGCUGAGAGGAAACGGAUAUGACUUGUACAGGCUGCAGAGCUGACGUGAUAUACUUUUGUUUCUUUUUCAAAGAUUUGUGAGCGAGUAACGUCCCGAUGUUUUGAGCUGUUUGUUUGUUUCUUCUUUUGUCCCUUAAAACGGGCUUGGGGGUUUAAAAACGGCAUAGAGUUAAGGAAAAAGCCAAAGGGAACAAGCACGGUUUAGGAUCUUCUUAGUUGCCCAAGCGUUCUAAGUUGUGAUAACAUGGCAACGUCGUGUUUGCUUUGAAUGAAAAAAUUAGCUUCAACCUGAGGACGCGUGUAAUAGCGAGCAAAUCGUCGCACUCAAUAAUUUUGUUGUGACGCUGUUUUGUGAGACACAAUUGUUCAUUUAAAAAAACGUUCAUUUAACAAUGGACUUUGUUUGCAGAGCGUCGAAGCAGUUUUUUGAAGCACUCAAAACUCUCUGUUGUUGCAUUUUUGAAUGAGCUGCCCAGCACAAAGCAUGAUUUGUCAAGUUUUACUGUCGAUGUUAGUCUGGCCUUGGUAAGUUAUUGCACCGAAUUACUGUUUGUAACAAUCUACUGUAGCUUAGUCUUAUCUAUGAUUGUUUUGUAUUUUUGAGUAAUUUCCUGUACUGAGUUGUUCUCGUUCAGCAAGCCUCACGGGUAUUUUGCCUUAGUGAAUCCUGGCAUUGAUUCUUAUUAAUUGACUCCUUACUUCGCUUUUAGAGACCAGCAGAUUUAACUUUAGCCCUGAUUAAAUGCUAUGUUUUUCAUCUAGCCUUCCUGCUUGUCCUUUGCGGUCAGAGGAUUGUUCUUAGAGAGUAAGUAAGCUAUCUUAGUUUUAUUUCCCUGGACAGGGCUCCGGUGGGGCACAAGGAAAAUAACUGGGAAUGGGGAGAAGGAAAAUGGACAUCUGUUCACCGUCCCAGUCCACCGCUUUUUGUCGCUUUUAUUCUGUUCCCGCUCUCCAUUCGUUUCCCGCCCAUUCGCCCUCAUCUCAAUGAUAAACUUAGUCUCAACCUACCCUAACUGUUUUUUAAUUUGGUGAUGUACUAGCAAAGUCAAUGUGCUACGUUGCAUCAAAAGCAUCGAACAACAUGCCCCAAAACAAAACAGAAAUACAAUGUCUCGCGUUAGAGCGCUUUUCAGUGAGACGUAUGCACACUGUAUUUCACGCUGCCGUCAAUCAUGUCGCGAUCCUCUCUAGAAAAUAACUGUUACUCCUCGCACAGUCCAAAAGGGUUCAUUUUUGGUUCAUUUUGUUUUAUAUUCGUAUUCGGUAUUCCUUACGAUAAUGGUUGAAGGCAGCUCAAAACGCAGCCCUAGAGCUGUUGUGUUAUUGAAAAAAGCAGUAAAAUGAGAUUUAUUCGGGAAGAGGUUUCUUUGUGCCGAGCAUAAAACAAAACGAACAUAGGAGUCAUUUUCUUGGCAUGUAUUUGGUAUCCGUUCUAAACCGUCAAGCAUACAUACAGCUAAAAACUCCGCUAAUGUUCACCAUAAACUUACUGGUAGUGUCUUCAUCCGUCGAUUUGACUUGAGUUAAAUUUAACUGAAUGUUUUGAUAUUUCAACAGACUCUAAAACAUUGAGGUCUUUUACAAGAGUAUUUAUCGCUGUUCCUGCUGCUGGUGGAAGCGCGUAAGUAAAGUUCAAAGUGCAACUGAGUAUCAAUAGUGUUGUAUAGAGUUAGCAGUGAGAAGCUCGCUUGGUGUGGAAUAUUUUGACUUAAUAUGGUCCUAAGUUAAUGAAGAGCUUGAUCUUACAAACAGCAGGGCUUGGAACAUGAGUUACGUACGAGAAUAAUAUGCAAUAUUCCUCUGUCUAAUGAAAUGGUACUAUUGUCUAUUAUAGGGUGGGGUAAUUGUAUUGUAUUCAACUGGACUCAUUAUUAUUUAUUGCGAAACAGCACAGUAACAGAGCAGCAAUCAACGAAGAAAGAGGCUUGUAGAAAAUACUUUUGUUCUCUAAUUUGUGGUUGUGAACCUAUGUAAAGUGGACACGAAACUUCCUCAUAGUACCCGAACUGAAAAGAAAUUUUACCCCUACAGUUAAAAGCAAUCCCUUAAAACUGCUGCAAAUUUUCAGUACUUAGUUAUUUAUUAGCUAAAAGUUUCUAAUCAGUAGUUUUUAUAUAUUUUAGGUUGAGUAUAAUUAAUGAUGAGCUGCAUAUUAGCCACGCUUCGCCUUCUCAAUUGCAGGUAAGCAAAUGCAUGUAACUGUUAAAAAGAAACUAAGAAAAUUUAACGCCAAUCAAUCUGUAAGUCCCGAGAUUUUAAUCAUGCUUGGACGACAAGCGCUCUGGUUCGUUUCAUCUCAUACUCAUCGCUAAACGACCAAAGAUUGCUUUACCUUUAGGUUGUAAAUUAACUCUUUUCACCGCUCCAGGGUGCGGCUGUUGAAAGUACGAUUGCCACCAACAGCACUGAAACGUUACAAGUCAGUUCAGCUGUUCUUGGUUUGACAUCAGCAACUACACAGGUAAAAAAAAUCGCUUUCUUGAUGAUGUGGGAAGAGACGUUUUGGGAUAUGGCAUUGCUUGUCUCCGUUUUCCUUCCCCUCGUUAAGUUUUUUUUUCCGCGAAGAUAGAUGGUAUGCUCUUGUCGCAGAUAGCGAGAAGCCAUAUCUACAAAUCUUUAUCCUGGUUAACUGAUGACAAAAAACCAAUUCUAGUCCCGUGUUCAUGUUUUAACUUAAACUUUCAUUUAUGUGUCAUGUUAUCGCAGCUACGAAUCGCUGCUUGGUCUGCCAUUUUUGGUAAUCACUCGACGUUUUUUAGUAAGUUACUGAUGCUUUACACGCUCCAGUAAUCUAUACUUUAUUUGUAGUUCCCUCCUUAAUGUGAAUCGGAUAUAACUUUGUUUGGCGAAAGAGGUUCUCAAGGACGUCAUGUUGAUACAAUUCGCUACUAGCUGAAUUCUUGUCGCGCUAAUUCAGGGGAAAGUCAUUUUGGCAACUUAAAAUCAACUCCAGACUGUGUGCGAGACAGCUUCUUAAAUUUCUCACCCGCCGGUUUGCUUCCUGUUUAAAGUAUCUUUAAUAAUACUUUUCUUAAAUCGAAAUAGACAACUUUCUAAAAAUCAGUGAACUGGAAUUCGUUUUGCAGCAGCAGCAGCAGAUGAUUCUCCAGUUUGCAGAGCGGUCGACAAUGAACGUUGAGUGGUCAUACAAGUGAGUAGCAUCAGAAAAAGCGUUGUUCCUCAAAGCUGUUAGUAUACCCACGAUAAUGACCAUUGCUAAAUCUGAUAUAACAUUAUAAGCCUAGUUGUCCUUAACUAGUACUCAAGCAAAUGUCUGUCAGCUAUAAGGGAAAACCUGUUACUCUGAAUGUAUGCUAGUACCCUUUUGCUGAUGGUUUUUAUUGCCUCGUAGGUGCCUGUCUGAAAAUAAUUGGAACUUCGAGAAAGCCGCAAUGGCGUUUUCUUCAUUAAAGGUACAGUCGAUUUCUGUUAAAUUUAGCCUCGCACAGGAUCAUUUCUCCUUUGAUUUCCUUCAUAUAGUUUUUUGUAAUUUUACACUCAAAAUACUCCAGCUGCAGUUAACUCGUUGGGCAUCAUCGUUACAUUUUGACAAAAAUAUAAUAAACAAAAACUGAUCAGAAAUUAUUGAAAAGAUGCGCCAAUCACAGCCGUGGAAUUCCAUCUAAUCACAGCUGAACACAACAGUUUAUAGGUGACGCAACUCAGUUGACCUCAUCGCCAGAAGAAAACUAGCAGUAUGCAGUAGAAACGUUACGAUCCACAUCCGAAGUGACCACAUCGUGAGACAAACGAGUGUACUCCUCUUUUAAAAGUGUUAUUCUCCACGAUGACAAACCACAACUUAUUUUACGAUAUAAAUUCUUUUGUAUUUCAAAUAGUGCAGAAGCCUCGUAGAUUUUAUGUUCUUCACCACAAACUACUUCUUUUCCGUUUUAGGAGAGCGAGAGGAUUCCGCCUGAAACUUUUGUAGAAUAACUCCAGGCAAAAAAUGCAAUGCAAAAUGCAAAAUGCAAAAUUUUUAUUAAGGAAAAAAAAAAAGGAACAAAAACUGAUCCGAAAAUUAUUGCGAAGAUGCGCCAAUCACAGCCGUGGAAUUCCAUCUAAUCACAGCUGAGCACAACAGUUCAUAGGUGACGCGUACUCAGUCGACCUCAUCGCCAGAAGGAGACUAGCAGUAUGCAGUAGAAACGUUAUGAUCCAAAUCCGAAGUGACCACAUCGUGAGACAUACGAGUGCACUCCACUUUUAAAAGUGUUAUUUAAUUACCACGAUGACAAACCACAACUUAUUUUACGAUAUAAAUUCUAUUGUAUUUUAAAUAGUGCAGAAGCCUCGUAUAUUUUAUGUUCUUCACCACACACUAUUUCUUUUCCGUUUCAGGAGAGUGGUAGGAUUCCGCCUGAAGCUUUUGUAAAAUAACUCCAGGCAAAAUUCAAAGCUGGAUUUAGAUUUUUCAUUUCAUCCAACAGUUCCUUUGCCAACGUCCAUGAUAUUGUUUACAUCUCUCUGAACUUCAUGCUUUAACUUUGUUGCAGUUGUUGUUGCUAUUUUUAGGUUAUAAAUUCGCGGUCGUUGAAUUUUCUAUAGAAUAUCCUUGUAAAUAAUUUCCUCAGCAAAUCAGUAUUAGCCUAGUAAUAGCGUUCAGAACAGCGUAUUUUAUUUGUUAGCAUUUAGAAAUAGACUUUUUAGAACUUUUACGACAUCUGCAACUGAUUUUUCCAGGUAUAUAUUGUUAACCAGAGCUUCACAAGGACCAGUCACCGCUGUAUACACCUCUUGAUGUUAUUGUGAAGAAAUGUUGACAGGAUUAAAGAAUAAAUUGAUAACGAAGUG